AUGGAAAGAGAUGUGGUUUCGGAGAGCACCCGUAAGAAGGUGAAAGUGGAAGUAAUUGACAUAGAAGAUGAUGACGACGUAAAUCACGAUACAACAACAACGUCAUUCAGUCCAGCUCAGCCCUGCAGACCUUUUCAAAACGAGCCAGAAGCAUCGUCGCUCCAAUGUGAUCCUCAAAACGCUUUAUUGAUGAAAUUCCAAAAGCUCAAUAUCGUGAGGAUAGCCGAUGCUUCAAAGCAGAUGCGUUUCGCCGUAGGAUCGUGUCGCAAAACAGUACAGGCCAUCAUUUCGGAUAUUAUCGAUUCACUUAGAAUAGUAGAUGGAAUGUGGACUAUGAAGGUCAGUUUGUUUUAUUGGUCAGCAUACAAGACGAGUCGGUCGAUGGAUUUCGUGUGUCUGGUAGAUAGUCCCACACUGUCUUCUCUUAUCGGUUUGACGCCAUCUGAAGCAAUGGAGGUACGCGCAUCCAGUGACAUAGAGCGGCGCAAGGAUGGUCAGCGUCGUUUGGGUGCGGUUGAAGAACAGUUGAAGCGGCUCGAUCUGCUCCUGGAAUUGGAACUGUUCAGUGGUGGUCGCGCAGAUCCCGUAAUCCGCAGCAUUCGAACUUUGAUGCAAGCACUUGAUGUUUUAUAG